AUGGCCUUUGAGGUGCUCCUGGAUCAAGUAGGAAGCCUGGGGAGAUUCCAGAUCCUUCAGAUGGCUUUCUUCUGUAUCAUCAUCGCUGUCAUGUACCCUCAUGUUCUGCUGGAGAACUUCACUGCAGCCAUCCCUGGUCAUCGCUGCUGGGUCCACAUCCUUGACAAUGACACUGUCUCUGACAAUGACACUGGCACCCUCAACCAAGAUGCCCUCUUGAGAAUCUCCAUCCCACUGGACUCCAAUCUGAGGCCAGAAAAGUGUCGUCACUUUGUCCAUCCCCAGUGGCAGCUCCUUCAUCUAAACCAGACCUUCUCAAAAAUGAGUGAGCCAGACACAGAGGCCUGUGUGGAUGGCUGGGUGUAUGAUCAAAGCUUCUUCUUCUCCACCAUUGUGACUGAGUGGGACCUGGUGUGUGAAUCUGAGUCACAAAAAUCACUGGUUCAAUCACUAUUUAUGUCUGGGAACAUUGUGGGAAGUCUGAUAUAUGGCUAUCUUUCAGACAGGUUUGGAAGAAAGAUCAUAUGCAGCUGGGGUCUCCUCCAGCUGGCCAUCUCUGGCACCUGUGCAGCCUUUGCCCCCACCUUUCUCAUUUACUGCUCACUACGCUUUUUGUCUGGUUUCUGUAUGAUAAGUACUCUGGGAAACCUCUUCAGUUUGGCGAUAGAGUGGACAAAUCACCAGUCACAAUCUAUGGCUGUAAUUCUGCUAUCUUGUGCCUGCAGUGCUGGGCAGAUGCUCCUGGGAGGACUGGCCUUUGCCAUUCGAGACUGGCGUACACUGCAACUGACCAUGUCUAUACCCAUGUUUGUCUUCUCCUUGUCCUCCAGGUGUACGGUGGAGUCUGCUCGCUGGUUGAUUAUCAACAAUCAGCCAGAUGAGGGCUUAAAGGAACUUAGAAGAGUUGCACAUAUAAAUGGACAAAAGAAUACUGAAGAGACCUUGACCAUUGAGUUUCUGAGAUCCACCAUGCAGGAGGAGUUGGACAAAGCCAAGACCAAAGAAUCAGUUUGGUCCUUGUUCUGCGCACCUAAACUGCGAAUGAGAAUCAUCUGCCUGUCUUUUGUGAAUUUGGCAACCAGUCUGCCUUUCUAUGGCCUGAUACUCAACUUGCAGCACUUGGGGGGGAACGUCUACGUGUUCCAAGUUCUCUUUGGAGUUGUCACACUCACAGGCAUAUUUGUUGCCUUUUGGACAACAACUCAUACACCUCGUCGACUAAGCCAGAUGUCAUUCAUGUUCUUGGUAGGACUGUCCAUUCUGGUCAACACCUCUUUGGACCAAGAAAUGCAGAUUCUGCGUGUGGCUCUGGCAACAUUGGGAGCUGGUGUUCUUUCUGCUGCUGCUUCCAGCCAAGCAGUCUACCAAUCUGAGCUCAUCCCCACCAUAUUCAGGAGCACAAUUAGAGGAAUCACUACAAUAUUCCAUAUGAUUGGGGCAGCACUAGCUCCUACAUUGAUGACCCUAACAAAUUACUCUCCCCACCUGCCCUGGAUUACCUAUGGAGUUUUCCCCAUCCUUGCUGGCCUCGUUGUCCUCCUCCUCCCAGAAACCAGAAACCUGCCUCUUCCUAACACCAUCCAGGAUGUGGAAAAUGAGUGAAAAAGGAAAAAGAAAGCUUCCAAAUUCAUCUAUAUAUUAAUAAAUGCCAAGAUGAUUUAUGAAAAAGGAGCAUCAUGGAGUGAUGAUGGCCCUGACUCAUAUAUGGUGAAACAGAUGCUGGACUCUGUCAUAAAACUGCAAUCAACUUAA